AUGAUUGAUACUGCACGACUACUUCUCACAUGCUUUGCAGCAAUCAAUUCUAUUAGAACAAUUACGUUUGUGCCAAUGCAAGAUUUGCCGACGGUCGAUGUUGUGAUUGAUACUAAUAAAGGCUUUGCUCUUCAACUCAUCGGUAUAUAUUCACCAAAACUCGUAGAAGGGAUUAUCCACACAUUCGUACCCCUUGACGAUUUCUGCGUUGCAUCACCAAAAACAGAUGUUUGCUUGUAUGCCUCGCUAUCAACGAGAACAAAUGUGUUGGAGCUCGGUACUAUGAUGGCAUCUCGUACGCUUCACACGCUAUCCACGUACGACAGUGAUAGCGUAUCGAGAAUGAUUGGCAAAGACAUAAGUCGCCGUCUUGCACAUUAUUCUGAUCGAAUUCUUAAGGAGAAUAAAUCCAUCGUUCAUGUUCUCCAUAAUCAGUUUCAUUCUCAAAUGGAUGACGAAAAAUCUUUAAUAACACCCUCGCCCAUGAAUAUUAUCGGUGAUCAACAAGAAAUUCCACGUUUUUCACAAACAACAGCAUCCAAGAUCCUCAAACAGAUAAGUAGCAAUAAAAUAGGCUUUGAAUAUUUGUCUCCCAAUGAGUUAAAAUUUUUUUUAGAAACAAUUUUUUCAAGUGUUGAUAUUUCUUACACAAUAUUCGACGUUCAAGAAUUAUUAGCC